AUGCAGCGAGCUAUCAACCGAUUAAGCGAGCUAUCAACCGAGAUUGAAGGCAUUAAACUCGAUGUAACGAUAGCAGAGCGGGAAAUAGAAGUAAACAAGAGUGCUAUAAGCAAAGUUGAGAGCAAUCUACACGAGAUAAAUAGUGGUUACGAAGAUCUUCGUCUACAGUUUGAUGAAUACAAGAAAAUAACCGAAGUAUUAAUUCAGAGGGACAGGCUUCAACAUUCGACAACAUUUGAAUAUUCAAAUGUGAUCGAUAAAGUUAAUCCAAGCGAAACUAAACGGUACCAAGAUGAAGUAAGCCGGCUCGAAAAGGACCUUUCUAGUGAGAGGGAGAAAUGCAAGCGCUUGGAAGCUGAUCUGUCGAUUCUAAUCAAAGGAAGAUCUUGUGAAGUUAAUGAAUUGAACGAUAUUAUUGCCUCUCUUGAAUUUAAACUUAAAGCCACUGAGGCGACUAAU